UUUAGGUCCGAUGCUUUCCAGCACACAUAAAUAUAUCCGUCAAAUAAAAUAUUUCUGAAGGAUAUACAUUUUUUCUCAGAGCGUGGUCAUAAGUUACAAAAUAAUUAGUUUUGAGCCUUACAUCCCGAACAGGACCCUUGCUGCCGGACUCGUCUCCCAGCCUCCGGUCCGUGGUGAAGCUCUCCUCUCCUCCUCUCAUGGCUCCGCGCGCUCUGCUGCUCUGCGUCCUGCUCCCGCUGCUCUCUGGACAAGAAACACCGCUGGUCUCCCUGGAGGACUGCUGUAAAGAUGGCCAGAAGCGCGGUACUGAUAAUGAGGACUGUGCGUCCCUCCCUCUCAUAUCCCCGUCGACCAUGUGCAGGAUCGUGCAGGAGCAGUGCUGUGUGACCGUGCUGGAGGACACCAUGUGCACCACCGGGAUCAACGUGGCCAAAGACCAAGGAGUCUGUGACUCCUUAUUCGCCAACACCUGCGAGACCAAGACCACAAAGAUGUGCUGUGACUGCUGCCUUGUGGGUAAGGCGGCCCAGGAGCAGGGCUUGCCCUGUGAUCACAGCCUGUCCAUGGGCUACCAGUGUGGCCUGGUGUCUCGGGCCUGCUGUGUGCACGGAGACUCAGACAACCAAACUCAGCCGGGAAUCACGUCGCAACCUGAAUUGCCAAACAAGGACGACACAAACGACAAUGGAGAUAAUUCAGUGUUGGGGGAUUUGUGCAAUGGGAAGUGUGCUCAUGUUUGUGAGGGGAACAACACUUGUGCCUGUUUCAAAGGCCACAAACUCAAACCAGAUGGCAGGAGCUGCGAGGACAUCAAUGAGUGUUUGCUGGGAGUCAGUAACUGUCGGGCCGGAGAGCGCUGUAUCAACACAGAGGGCUCGUUUCGGUGCCAGAGGGAGGUCAGCUGUGGGACAGGCUAUGAACUCACCGACACCAACAACUGCAAAGAUAUCAAUGAGUGUGAGGCCGGCAUCCACAACUGUGGCCCGGAGCUCGAGUGCCAAAACACCCAGGGCUCUUUCCGUUGUGUCCCCAAGGUGAAGUGUGGUCCCGGCUACCUCCAGGACGCCCUUGGAAGCUGCAUCGAUAUCAAUGAAUGUGUUAUCCAGACAAGCCCGUGCCUCCGAGGACAGGUUUGUGUCAACACAGCUGGUUCCUACACCUGCCGGGCGAACGUUCUGAACUGCGGCAGAGGAUACCACCUCAGCGACGACGGCACACGCUGUGUUGAUGUUGAUGAGUGUAAAGGCCCUGAAAAGGUCUGUGAAGGUCACGGAUGCGUUAACCAGCUGGGCUCCUACCGUUGUGAGUGUGAGACUGGCUACUCCUUCAACAGCAUCACUCGGCUCUGUGAAGAUAUAAAUGAAUGCAGGCACUAUCCUGGACGCCUGUGCGCUCAUAAGUGUGAGAACAUCCUGGGGUCCUACCAGUGUAGCUGUACCACAGGCUUCAAGCUGGCUGCCGACGGCAGAAAUUGUGACGAUCUGAACGAGUGUGAAAGCAACCCAUGCAGCCAGGAGUGCGCCAACGUGUACGGCUCCUACCAGUGCUACUGCCGCCGUGGCUACCAGCUCAGCGACAUAGAUGGCAUGACCUGCGAAGACAUCGAUGAGUGCGCCCUGCCCACAGGAGGUCAUAUCUGCUCCUACCGCUGCCACAACACGCCAGGCAGCUUCCACUGCUCCUGUCCCGUCAGCGGAUACACCCUGGCAGUAAAUGGACGCAGCUGUCAGGAUAUUGAUGAGUGUGUGACGGGAACACACACGUGCGGUGAGAAUCAGAGCUGCUUCAACGUGCAGGGAGGAUUCAGAUGUCUGUCCUUCGAGUGUCCGAACAACUACCGCCGCGUUGGAGAGACUCGAUGUGAACGCUUGCUUUGCAAUGAGUCUGUCGAGUGCCUGACCAUGCCCCUGAGAAUAACCUACUAUUACCUCACCUUCCCCACCAACAUCCCCGUCUUCACCAACAUCUUCCGCAUGGGCCCCUCCCACACCGUGUCUGGCGACGACAUCCAGAUUGCCAUCACUUCUGGCAACGAGGGCGGGUUCUUCAGGACAGAGCGGAUGCCCACCGGCGGCGUGAUGUCGGUGGCGAAGCUCAUUAGCCGGCCGCAGGACUUUGACCUGUCUGUGGAGCUGAAACUGCGCCGCUACGGCUCAGUGACCACACACCUGGCGAAAGUGCUGGUGUUUGUGACGCAGGAGGAGCCCAGAGUACCUUAUAAUCCCCUGUUAGAGUAAACAUAAAGGCUCACGGAGGACGCUGCAGCCUUCUAAAUGAUGUGUCAUAUCAAACGCAUAAUCUCACCGAGAGGAGAAAAAGAAAUUUACUGAAUUCGUGCAAAGUAGCAUUUAGAGAAAAGCAUGAUGAUGAAGUUCAGACUAACAUACGCUGUAAAAACUGUCAUUACAUUUGGAUGAAUAUAAAUAUAAUUUAUGAUUUUCCUGAAUUUCCAAUGUGUCCAGUUCAAGGGUCUGCAACCUGCUGCAUGGGAGAACAUGUGGCUCCUCUGCAGUGCUCUAUGUUGUAAGUGUUUUUUUUAAUCUAAUUUUUAAUUGUGUUGUUCUGCACACAAUCUCAUGAAGGGAUUCUUAGACUACACUGAUAGAAUGGAUCAGUAGAUUGUCAACUCAAAUAUGGUUUGUGUCUCCACAUGACCAGUGCCUUUCCCCUACACUGUUAGUUAAGCAGGGACAAUAGAUUUUGAUUUGCCAUCAAAUUUAAUUUAAUUUAAUUUGGGUCUUGGACUGUCAUACAUGCAACAUAAAAUACAGUUUUUGUAAAUAAAACUUGCAGAAUCGCACACAUAAAUAAGUUAUAGUGUCUUCAUUUUAAGAAGCAAAAAUGUUUUUUAGUUGUUGACCAAUUUUAUUCUGUAAAAUUAAGCAAAAAUGCCUACUUUAGGUUGCAGACCUCCGUUCUAAAGGCUUUUGAAUCAACUGUUAUUCCAAGCCCCUUUUCUCUCUUCUGCAGAAUUGGUGUCUAUUAUGUGUGUGCCAAAGCAAAUGCUAGUUGAUCAUGACACAUCAUUUCUAAGCCUGAAUAUUAAAUAAAUAAAACAUCAAUGACAUAAAAUCCAGAAUAAAAAAAAACAAAAAAAAAAAAAAAACAGCAUGUAGUUUUGUAGCAUUUUAAUAAUCCAGUUUUGUAAAACACGAGGAGUUAAAGAUGAUUAUUUAGCAGUGUAAACUGGGUCCGGCUGAAUGUAUUGAGUUGCAAGAGGCAUUGUGAUAGACAGAACUGCAGGUGGCGUCGUAGGUCAGGGUAAAUCAUCAAACGGUAACAACCCAAGUCUGCCUACAACACAGUGUAAUUUGAUGACGGUUGCAUGAUAGAGUCUGACGUGUUGCAGUACUUUAUGGUUUAUGUGUUGGAUGAACAGUUUUCUAUUAAAACCGAAAUAGAAAUAA